UCGUCACUGAAGCCUCAUGUAACCAGGAAGUUUAAAAAAAAAGUGGAUCAACUGCAACACAGGACUGCAACACUGUCAAUGUCACACCAUUUGCUAUAUCUUUAAAGCAAAUCUACUUUUUACAGUACAAAAGUGUUACUGAAAUCAUGAUUGUUUUCCAGGAAAUGAUAUCGCCUCUUCUUCAAGAACAAAGGAAUCCGUAACUGAACCCAACUGACCAUCAUUCUUGCAACUGACAACCUCUGUGUACUGGGCGAGCUGUGACAUGCCCGUGUUGUCGCACAUAGACAAUGAGAGAUGGAACAUCUUCUGGACCCCCAGUGGGAGGGAAAUGGCACAGAGGAACCAGCCUCUCCUAUUCUGCAUAUUGCAGGCAACAGGCUUAUCCUGGAUGUUUACCUGGAUGGCUGCAAGAGGUUCCUGCAGGUGACAGAGGGAGAGAAAAGUGCUCUGGUGGAAGUGGAAUUUCUUGCAUUGAGCAGCCAUGAUGAGAUGAUAACAUCAGCAGUGACAGCUCUGCCUAUGUUCAGUAGGCUUAGAUCCUUAACAUUGAAAGGUGGAUACUUGCUGGAUGAAAAUUUAGGACGUCAGAAUGGUUUGCUGUCCACCCUACCACCAGACAUCAGCCAGCUUUCCUUGCUGCAGCACCUGGAUCUCAGCUUCAACCGAUUUACCGAAUUACCGCAAUGUGUCACUGCCCUUCCGUGCCUGUCUACUCUGCAUCUUGGCUACAACCAGCUUAGGAAGCUCCCAGAUGACAUUUGUGAGAUGAAAAGAUUAACGUCCCUCAUAGCUAUGUCCAACCAGCUAACUCAUAUUCCUGCAUUCAUUGGACAGCUAAACAAUAUGGAAAAAUUGAACCUGUCUAAUAACAAGCUAGUAUCUUUGCCAGAUGAAAUUGGCAACCUGGAGAGGUGUAUCAUACUGGAUGUUUCCCAGAAUAAUAUCAAAAGUCUUCCAGAAACUUUGUGUAAUCUGAUGUCAUUGGAGCAGCUUUAUCUCUUCAGUAAUGAUCUUGUCUCUGUACCAGCGGGUCUGGCCAGUCUGCCUCAUCUCACUCAUCUGCAUCUCCAGAACAAUAAACUGCGCUCUGUACCGAUAGAGAUCACGCUCUGUUCCUGUGCGCAGCUACAUGGUAAUCCAAUAGGGGAGCCUGAGCCUUCCUCUCCCACUGAAGAUGACAUUGGUAGCACAGAGAUAAAAAAGAUCUAUGUGAAAUCUAAUGAAAAAAGUUUUUUGGUUACACCAGAGGGAUGCUGGGUAUUCUUACCUGGUGGCUUUCAUCUUUGUUUUCCUUCCGGAGCUGUCUCAUAUCCUAUGAAAAUUGGUUUUCAGAUAUUUCAGCCAGAUUCACAGCAUGUGAGACUUGGACAUCAUGAUGUGCUGCUCAGUAGCACCUUGGAGCUUCAGCCUCAUGGCAUUCAGUUCCAUCAGGAUGUUGAAAUCACCAUCCCCUUCACUUACCUGAAGCGUGUGCGAAAACGAGAGGUGGUCAUUAGGACUUUCAGCGACUCAUCAGAAACAUGGACAGAUCUAAGCACUAUAACAAAGGAAAAGUCAGUGCGUGAGAUGGUAGCCACCUGCAGGACCCCUCACUUCUCCUGGUUCCUUGUGGUGUCACGUUUAGUAGAAGAUAGGUGUGAGGUGCCUAUAGAAGGAGAGCUCCUCUUCUCCACUGUGGAUCAGAAUAUUCGGGUUGAAUUUCCAGCUGGAGCAACACAGAGGACCCGAACAAUUCGUAUGCAGGUACUACCAGUCAGCAGAAACUUACUGCGGGAGAUCACAGGAGACAAUUCAUCUUCUACUAGCCCACUCUUAUGUCUUUCACAGAGUUCAACAGACAACUUCUUACGUCCUGUUAAAAUCCAGCUGCCGCUGCCACCAGGAAUCACAGGUGAUGCUUUGGAUCGAUCUCACUUAUUCCUCUUGCAUGGUGAUCCGCAGGCACAGACCUGGACAGAUAUUACCAGUCAGGUUGUGUUACAGAUUACUCAUAUUUACGCCCACUUCCAGGUGGAUCACUUCUCUUGGUACUGGUUAUGGUAUACCACAAAAUCCUAUGUAGGUGAGUUGGCCAAAACUGCGUAUAAGCGCCUGCGUAUGUACCAGGUAAACUUUGUUGCUCUACAAAGGAAACGAGACCCAGAACAAGUGUUGCUGCAGUGCGUCCCCAAACAUAAGGUGGACUUCACAGUGAAGAAGCUGCGGGAUAGAUAUAAAGGCCCUGAGCCCUCUGACCUAGUAGAACUUGUAGAAGGGGAACAGUUCUUUGCUGCAUUUGAACAGGGGCUAAAGCUUCAUUCAGAGCGUCCAGAUUGUGUGGAUGGAAAAAUAUCUUUCGUGUUCUAUGCAAAAAUGAAAAACAUGAAGGAGGUAUAUGUGACUUCUUCUACUGACAGAAAGCAAGAGGAUGUUAAAGGGCAGGUGUCAUUUUACCGUGGAUCAGUUCCAGAAGCUGUACCGGAGGAAGCCCAUAAGCACAGAAAAGGCACAAAAUCUGACUGGAUGGCUACAUUACCUAUCAGAUUACCAGUACAGAAAGUUAAAAGUCUUAACCAGGAGAAUGAAAGGCAAGGAAUUAGCUACUCACUCCGUCCCUUGAAUUUAGGCAAUGCCGAGGUUGGUUACCUCACAGAAACCAACUUGCUCAGUAUUGCCACACAGAUUGGAUCUGACUGGAUGAACAUUGGCAUUAACCUUGGUCUGCCGCACACAGAAUUACAACGUAUUAAGCAUAACAACAGCAAUGAUUUCAAUCAGCUGGUAUUAGAUAUGCUCUUUACGUGGGCACAGAGGAACUCUACAGAGACAGACUGCAUAGAGAAGCUUGUGAAGGCCAUGAGGAAUAGCAAGAGAAAUGACAUUGCAGAUGAAAUAGAAGAUGUGAUUGCUUUAGGAAAAGAAAAAUACAGACAAUCCAUCCAAAGAGUAGGUCUUGACCAAGGCAACAGCAGUGAAGACUCGGCUAUUGUCAUGAGCCAAUCAUGAGGACUCAAUGGACAGAAGAUGAUAUUUCAGAUCUCUCCAGAACUGUCCCAGUUGUAUUCCCAGGAGUGCAGGGCUGGCAAAUACACAAAAAUGUACCACAUAUCUGCUUGAUUCACUAACUGAAAAUGUUGGUGUACAGAUCCUCUAGGUCUACCUCUAUUGAUGCUGGAGAUUUCCUCAUAGACUGCUACAAGAUCAAAACCUAGUGGAAGGAUACUUAAAUGGUUAGUUCACCAUUACUGAUGUUUGCCAAAAACAUCCCGAAGCAUUACAAUGUCCUCAAUCCAUAACUAUUUUUUAGUUUUUUUAAAGAAUGCUUAAGGGCCACACAUCCGAUGCUUGGUAUGUUUUGCCUUUUAAAAACAGUCUACUGGUUCUAGAAGUCACUUGAACAAGAAGCAAAUAAUUCAGAAUAAGUCACAGAGUGUUAAUGAUAUGCUCCUGCUCAGCAUGCUCCAAUGAUUUGUAAAUGUUCUGUACAUCCUUUACCACUGGAGUUAUGUAAUGUAAUGUGUUGUAGAGCGCUGUAAAUAUUGUGUAAAAUAUGUAAAAAUAAUGAAUAAAAUACUUUGUAGAGUCACUUUAUGAAAUAACA